CGAAAGAGCAAUUCGCCCAAAAAAAUCCCUGUAAAAAACACAAUGUCUCCCAAAAUAUUUUUCUUUGCUUUCUUCCUGGCCAUGGUUUCUUCUAGUCACCAAGCUUCAGUAUUAGUAACCCAAUCCUGUCAAAAAACCUUAUAUAAGGACUUUUGCCUGUCAGCUCUGGGAUCAGUCCAGGCAACUGAUCUUCAAAGCUUGACAAAAGCUGCACUGAACAUAGAAUCAUCGAAGGGCACUGGCAUAUUGAAGCUCACCGCCGAUUUGAUCAAGAAAAGUUCAGACCCAGUUUUGAAGUCAGCCCUGACAGAUUGCUCCGAGGAUUACGAUAACGCAUUGGAUGAAAUUAAGGAUUCACUUCGUGCUAUUGAAGCUAAAUCCUAUGGUGAUGUUAAAACAUGGGUUAGUGCUGCCAUGACUUAUUCUGGAUCCUGCGAGGAUGGAUUUAAAGAAAAGCCUGGACUUAAAUCUCCAUUAACUACUGUCAAUACAGAAUUUAACCAGCUUUGCAGUAUUAUUUUAACAUUUACCAAUCUCUUGUGAAAAAAAAUAAAAAUGUUAUUUAUUUAUGCGUGAUUGUAAGAUGAGAUUUACUCGUAUGAAGUAAAUGGAAAAAAUAAUCCUCUUUUCCU